AUGAAAGAAAGAAUCUACUUUUUAUCUUUAUUGGUGUUGUUAUUGACAACACAUCUACAAGUAUCAGAUGCUUUUGUUUAUCCAUUCGAUGGAACUAGCUCACAAUUAUUUGGAUGGAGAUCAGCUCAAUAUAAAAUAGGAGCUUAUAAUCAAUCACCUGGUAAUGGACUGUCAUAUGCAUUGAUAGAAGGAUUGGCAGACAUGAAUAUUAGUAGUAACAAUGUAUUGGUAGAUUCUCCUGCCGAGUUGGAUAUUGUAUUCUUUCAUAGCGAUGACUCUAGCUAUCUUGGAUUCUCAAGUGGUGACUUUUGUUGUGACAGCGAACUCUAUCAACAAGGCAAAUGUAGUAGACCCGCCAAUGUCAUUCUACCAUCGACUGCAGUAUACACUACCACCAAACUUGAUGGAAUGUCAACUCCUGCAACAUUGGGAACAUUCAAUUCUAUUAGUUAUUACAAUAUUCAUUAUACUGAUUAUUCAACUCCUCAAAGUAUUUUACUUCCAUACAAUGUUGGAAAAGAAGGUGUUUAUUAUGCCUAUUUAUUAAGUUGCAAUAGUAGAGUUAAUCUCAAUGCAACUACAGUUCAUUUUAGUGGAAAGAUUACUUUUAUGAAUCCAUAUGGUUAUUUAAAUGGUGAAAGACAUCCAUUUUUAGCUGUAACUAUCAAUCAAUUUAUUAUAUUGAAAUUUUAUUUAGUUUUAGCGGUAGCAUAUCUUUUACUUUCUUUUGGAUGGGCAUUUUUAUCAUUCAAACAUAGACAUACACUAUUACCACUUCAAUAUUGGAUCUCUUUGGUUUUAUUAUUAGGCUUUAUUGAAACCAUGGUACAGUAUGGUUCAAAUUCAAGUGCCAACAAAAAUGGUACCUUUUCAAAUGCUUCACUUGCUUUUAUUUCAAUCUUUGUUACUCUCAAAGGUGGUAUCUCUAGAUUAAUCGUUUUACUUUGUUCAAUGGGUUAUGGUAUUUUAAUUCCAACCAUUCCACAAUUAACAAAAUAUAAAAUAGCAACACUUACCAUUCUAUAUUGUAUAUUUAAAUCGAUACAAUAUUAUUUAUGGUUGAUUCCAACAGCAUCUACCAGUGAACAAGUUACAAUGGUAUUUUUCAACUUGGCUGUAUCUAUCCUCGAUGUUGUAUUCUAUUGGUGGAUCUUUUCAUCAUUUAUGAAGAUCUUUUCAAGAUUAUCACUCAAGAAACAAAAGGCUAAAUUGGAAAUGUAUCAAAAGUUCUUUGUUGCAUUGGUCAUUUCUGCAGUCCUAACUUUACUUAUUAUUUUCAUUUCAAUUAUGGUAAAUCAUUAUAAAUCAGCAGAUCAAACAUGGAAAUUUAAUUGGUUAAGUGUAUCUGUUUGGGAUGUUCUCUAUUUUGGAUUAUUAUGUGUAUUGGCAUGGAUUUGGAAACCAAAUGAUAACAAUCAAAGAUACAAAUACAAUGAAGUCGUUGAUAAUGAUGAAGACUCUGCAGAUGUUGUUUUACAUCCACUUGGAUUUGGUACAAGUGGUCUAUCUCAACGUUCCAAUGUAAAUAAUGACGAAGAGAAUGGUACUGCCAUCCCAGGCACUGAAGAUGGAUUAGACUCAUCUAAUCAAGUUGAAACAAUCGAUGAACAUGAGCAAAUGGAAAGAUUUAAAAAAGAUUCCUUUAACAUGUUUGAUUAA